AUGAGUCUUAACAUGGUCUCAUUUAUUGUCAAGGUUCAUUUUAUAGACUUUCAAAAGCAUUGUUCUGUUUAAUUCAGCCUACAGUAAUUUCAAGUUAGUAGUGAGUGGGUGUUAGAAAAAAAACAGCAUUACGCAUUUGGGGCAGAAAUAAAUUGGGGUGGGGGAAAAAAAACUCAUCCUUAAAAGUGGGACCGCUUAGCCUUUGCAAAAAUUUACACCUAUGAUUCAAUAACACCGCCCCAAUACUACACCCCCUUCAAUCUUGUGUAAAAAGGAGCCUGCAUGUCUUAAACUCUAUUCCUAAUAUUAUAGCUAGUCCUCUCCUUCUCCUGCAGUAUUAUGUUACACCCCUCCUCACCCAAUCACAGCGCUCCCCAAAAUCCUCCUGCCCGCUCCUAUAAGAGCCCCGGUCGUCCCAGUCUGGCAGCCACCUCUCCCUCUCCGUGGCGCACGAGAUUUACCGUAAUACCAACCCACACCCCACUGCAGGCCACACUCCUCAUUACCUGUCCUGUUUGUUGAUGUUGUAACCAGUUCAGGGGAUUCGGGUCAGGGGUUAUAACGGUCCUUAAAGACCACAGAAAAGUUUUGGAAAAGACGAUGCGGGAAGAGGACUCCUCCCCAAUGGACAGUGCGGGGAACAGUGAGGAGGAGACCGAUCGUCAGCUGCCGCGGAGAGGCGCGAGGAAGCGGCGGGCGGCACGAAGGAACACGGACGCAGAGGAGGACGAGGAGGAGGAGGAGGAGGGAGACGUGGAGAUUCCGAGCUCCGGGAAGAAGAAAUGCAGAAAGAGCUGCGAUGGUGGAGGCGGGAGCGCCGGGAGCACCGGGAGCGGUGACAGCGAGGCCAGCAGCAGCCCCGCGCGCUCCUUCGAUGACCUACAGACGCAGCGCGUGAUGGCCAACAUCCGCGAGCGGCAACGGACACAGUCUCUCAACGAGGCAUUCACGUCGUUACGUAAGAUCAUUCCCACCCUCCCGUCGGACAAACUCAGCAAGAUCCAGACGCUGAAGCUGGCGGCCCGGUACAUCGACUUCCUGUGCCAAGUUCUCCAGAGCGACGAGCUGGACGCGCGAGGAACCAGCUGCAGCUACGUGGCGCACGAGCGCCUGAGCUACGCGUUCUCGGUCUGGAGGAUGGGGGGCGCGUGGUCCCUGUCUACUACGUCCCACUAGCAGGGCUGCUGCGGAUGGGACAGCACGGUUAUCCAGACUGUGGAACCGGUGGAUCAGGCCAACCCUUCAGAUAGACUGACACAGGCCAAACGCAGCUGAGGCCCAGGCACAGCCGCUGUGCAUCAGGCCUGAGAGGAGAGCGGGCUUUUCAUAUUUCCCUCUUCCCUUUGCAUGGACUAUAAUGUUUGCAAGGGAGCACUUAGGACAGACAUGAUGGAUAUGAAGAAAUAGAGAGACCACUGCGACGAUGAAUGUUGUAAAAAAACGAAAAUGAGCUCUGAGGGACUGCUCAGUUUUGAAAUAUGAGUGAAAAAUGAACAAUUCAUUCCACAUUUCCUGUGACAAUGUUUCACAGCAAAUUACAUAUUUUGUAUUUAUUUUUGUACACAGGUUCGAAAUUCCUUUUCCCCUCUCAAAUAAAAGUUAUUUAUUUUUGGGAUAUCACAGAAUGCUGAAUGGAUCUGGAGUCUGCGCAUUUUGAAUGUUGUAAAUAUUUGGCAAUAUAUUGAAUAAAAAAAAUGAAGGUA